AUGCUUUCUAACUCUGAGUAUCUGCAUAGACACAACCUAGUAGCCAGAAUCCUACACCAGGAGCUCGCUCUGAAAUACGGCCUCGUGGAACGGAAACUGCCGUAUUAUAAGUACUCUCCGGAGGCCGUGCUCGAAAAUGACCGCGCCAGGCUCUAUUGGGACCGGUCCAUCAUCACGGACAGGACAAUUGUCGCGAACAAACCUGAUAUCGUGUUGAUGGACCGGGCACAGUCGCGGGUAUUUUUGGUCGACAUUACCAUUCCAUAUGACGAGAACCUCGUGAAAGCCGAAACAGAUAAGAAGACGAAGUAUCUGGACCUGGCUCACGAGGUGUGGUGGUGGUGUGCCGACCGAAAUUAUCCCGAUAGUCGUGUCUGCGAAUGGGUUGAUCCCAGUCAGCCUCUC